AUGAUCUGUCUCAAUCUCUUAAUCUAUCUAUCUAUCUAUCUAUCUAUCUAUCUAUCUAUCUAUCUAUCUAUCUAUCUAUCUAUCUAUCUAUCUAUGAUCUGUCUGCCUGUCUGUCUAUUAAUGAUUUAUCUCAAUCUCUUAUCUAUCUAUCUAUCUAUCUAUCUAUCUAUCUAUCUAUCUAUCUAUCUAUUAAUGAUCUGUCUCAAUCUCUUAAUGAUCUAUCUAUCUAUCUAUCUAUCUAUCUAUCUAUCUGUCUGCCUGUCUGUCUGUCUGUCUAUUAAUGAUCUAUCUCAAUCUCUUAAUGAUCUAUCUAUCUAUCUAUCUAUCUAUCUAUCUAUCUAUCUAUCUAUCUAUCUAUCUAUCUAUCACCUGCUUAUAUUUAGUCCUGCUACAUCUGGAUCUACGUGCCUAUAUCAAUUUUGUAAUGAUCUAUCUAUCUAUCUAUCUAUCUAUCUAUCUAUCUAUCUAUCUAUCUAUCUCAAUUUCUUAAUGAUCUAUCUAUCUAUCUAUCUAUCUAUUAAUGAUCUAUCUCAAGCUGUUAAUGAUCUAUCUAUCUAUCUAUCUAUUAAUGAUCUAUCUCAAUCUCUUAAUGAUCUAUCUAUCUAUCUAUCUAUCUAUCUAUCUCUUAAAGAUCUGUCUUAA